CCUUCGGGACCCCCCCCGGGACCGCCCCCGCGGGCCCGGCAGCGCCUCCGCCGCAAGGAGCAGCUGCUGGUCGUGGCCAGGCAAGUGGCCUCCCAGUGUCAACUGCUGCAGUCAUCCUUGGGGCGCCCGUCCUCCCCGCAACUUCCACAGCUACCUGAUGAGCCGCUGUCACUCCAGGAUGCUCCAGGGGGUCUUUUCCAGAUGCCCCCUGGAGACCCAUUCCCUGAGCGGGUGACAGUAGUCUGGUUAUCAGUGCUGGCCCUCGCCUUCGCCUUGGUUUGUGAACCCCAAGAGAAUCUAUCAUUGGCUGAGAUCACCCUGCGGCGCCUGGCUCCCCGCCUUCUCCUCUCCCUGCGCCUCCUUGGCCCCGGUGCUGAUGUCCUGCUCCGUCCUGAUGCCGCUGAUGGCCUCCUGGACCGUCUCCUGCCCCAUGGGCAGAUGCUUUUUCUUAACGAACAUUUCCUCCAGGCAAUGGAUCGAGAGCUGGGUAUCAAAGCAUCCCGCUGAGCUACAGAUGACAUUCCUGCCUACCACCCACAGAUAUUUUUUGGGGGAUGAGAGACAAGGGAGGGAUGUAAGAUGGUUACAAAGCCCCAGUGGGAUGGAUAAGAAACAGUUCAGGAAUAAAAUGCAACGAGCUAGCUAAGAGCAAGGUUUUAAUGCAUUUAUCCCCCAACACCAUCAUGGGAGAGCUAAUAGCCAUCCCCAUAAAUCCUCCUGGAGCUGGGAUAGUGCCAAGUUCCUGCGCUGUUUUCCUGCAAUGCAUUCCUGCACCACUCUGUGUGCACACAACAGCAAGUGGGGAGUGAAUGGGGAGUGCACGUGGCUGUGAAUGGACACUAAAGAGGGACCCUGGGUUGUGGUUACCCCAGCUGGGCACUGUGGGGGAAGCAGGGGGUCCCCAGCAGGGGAGACAUGGCUCUGGGAUGGGACCUUAUCAGAGUACAUGGGGCAAACAGGGGUGUGCAUCCGGCCAUGGGGCAUUGGGGUCUGUGUGUGAUUAGAUAAACAGGCAGUGGGGCAGGAUGUAGUCGUGUGCCUGGCACAGCAGGGUGGUUGUCCCUAGAUGGUGCUGCUUGGGGCCAGGGGACCUGUGUGAUAUCCUGGGAGGUGGCAGGAGUUGGGACCCUAUCCAGCUCUGCAGGAUGCAGUGGGGAGCAGGGUCCUACCCUGGCAGUUUCUGGAAAAUCCAGAGAGCCAGGAGCUGGGGUGCACAGCUUUUCUGCCAGUGUGCCAGGAGCAGUCUGGGCACUGCUAGGCCAUGCAGAGGGGCUGUCACGGGGCCAAACCCCAAAGUGCUUUCCCUUGUAACUGCACCAGUAAAGCUGGAGCACCUGAGGAGGGGUGCUGGGCACUUGGCUUCAGCCAUGAUGGGUCUCUGGCUGUGCCGUGGGAUCUCACUGCUGGAGGUGUGGGGGCAUUGGAGCCCACUGUGGCAUCCCACCCUUAAGGAGAAGGGAGCACUGUCUUCACCUUCCCAUAUGAUAGCAGCUGUCACAUACUGGACCCAUAACUGGCUUGAACACAACCAGGAGCCAAAGAAUGUUUCAGUUGAGUGCUAGCAAUUUAUUGUUGAUGAGAAUCAACUGGAAUCUGAAUGUAUGGGCCAUUAUUGUGUAUGCACUGAUAGGAUCCCAAUUGCUGGAUUUCAGUGCCGCCUGGCUUACGGCCAAAAUUCUCUUGCAAAUCAGCCACCUGAAUUGGAUCAAAUUCGAUAAUUAUUUGUGAUUUUCCUUUCCACCCUGAAGUCUAGUAGAUCCAGGGGGAGUUGAAAGAGAUAAAGAAUCAUCUUCUCCUGAUUAUCUGUCAUGAGGAUCGCCCUGUAUGUUUCCAUCCCAUGUAAAUCUGCUGGACUUUUCCUGGAACUUUGAUAUCUUGGUUGCCGUAUAUGGCGCUGUUUUGGUAGCAGUUUGCUGACCUUGAUGACUUUGAUGGACCUUGUCCAUCAUCUGUAUUUCAGUUUUAAGUAAAUGUCAUGUUAUUUCCUCAUCAUCA